AUGCCUUCUCAUACACACACAGCCAUCUUGGCUCUGGCUCUAUCCAGUGCUUCGCUGUUUGCCUCCCCUGUUGGAGCUCAUACUGUUGGAUUGCAGGCUAGGACUCCCGCAAGUGUACGUUCAUAUUAUGAUAUGAGAUUGGAGCAUAUUGUGCUGACCGGUAUACAAGAUGAGCAGUCUGUCGGGCUUCUAACUCUUGGAGGCGGUUACACUCAAAAAAGAGAUAUUGGAGCCAUUGAUCAAGUUUCCGGCGGCGGCGGCGGCGGCGGCGGCGAUGAUGACGAUGAUGGCUCCGGAAGCAAUGGCUCUGGAGGCGAUGGCUCUGGAAACAACAAUGGUUCUGGAAGCAACGGCUCUGGAGGCAGCAGCGGAACCGGAGGUAGCAAUGGCUCUGCAAGCAAUGGCUCUGGAGGCGAUGGUUCUGGAAACAACGACGGCUCUGGAAGCAACGGAUCUGGAGGCAGCAACGGCUCUGGAGGCAGCAACGGCUCUGGAGGCAGCAACGGCUCUGGAGGCAGCAACGGCUCUGGAGGCAGCAACGGCUCUGGAGGCAGCAACGGCUCUGGAGGCAGCAACGGCUCUGGAGGCAGCAACGGCUCUGGAGGCAGCAACGGCUCUGGAGGCAGCAACGGCUCUGGAGGCAGCAGCGGAUCUGGAGGUAGCAGCGGAUCUGGAGGUAGCAAUGGCAAUGGUAGCGGCAGCAACAAUAACGGUAAGGGCACCGGCGCUGACAACGUUGGCUCGGGCACAAGCCUGGUCAUCACCAUCACCCCAACACAGAAUGAAAGCAGCGGCAGUGGUGAUGGCAAGACUUCUUCUUCUUCGAACGGUAAGAAGCCCGACGAAUUUGAUACCAACAGCAGCAGCGGCGACAACAAUGGAAGCACCAACACUGGCAGCGGCUCUAGCAUCUAUGUCAACGAAACGGGCAGCAACAACGGCUCCAGUCCACACAAAGGCAGUUCCAGUGGUGGUGGUAAUGGCGAUGAUAAGGAUGACGACAAGGAUGAUGAUGAUAGCAAGAGUUCAGAUCCUGUUAGCUCGUUGCUCUCGAAUGUUUCGGGCUUGUUGGGUGGCAUUCUGCGGCGCUAG